AUGUCUUUUUCAGAGCGGGGGAUUCCCCCUGCCUUGUACGCCUCCAUUCUUUAUGUUAAAAUAUUCACACCGGAGAUAUAUUGGAAUCAAAAAGUCGACAAGGAGCUUUCUCUUCCCACUUUUAUCGAUGUGAGUGGCUUGGAAGAACAGCUGUCCAAAUCAAGACAUGUACAAAAAGACGAUAAUGACAGAAACAGUGGAGAUGUCCAGACAGACAAAAACAAGGCUUCCGCCAACAAGCAAGCAAUAGAAUUAAUCAUUCAGGGCAGACUUCCCGAUAAUUGUGACCUAUUUGCACUUUUUGAAAAUCUGAAUAUGGGGAGAAAAAUAGAGAAAGCAACAGAAAUUAAAGGAAUGGCUGUUGAUAUUAUCAUAGUUGUUGUAUCCGGAGAAACGAUGGCGAUUCCCCAGGCUUUGCUUGACGAUAUCUACGAAGAAGCCAAUUUGAACCAAAAAAAAAUUCCUGUUUUUGGAGUGAUGACAAAAAAGGACAAAAUUGACGAAUCUGUAAAUAUCGAAGAGAAAACGAAGGAAAUUUGUCAGGCUCUAAGCAUUGACGAAGAACACUUUUUAUUAUGUAGGUGUUAUCAAUCCGAGAAAGCCGAAGACUUAGAAAAUGACAUAAGAAUUUUAGAAUUUUUUUCUAAGAAAGUCAGCGUUGACGAGAAUUCCCGGAGUGUGGUGUCGAGGUAUCCCGUGGUGUGGGGACCGUUCAGUGUCAGUCAGUGUUUGUCGCACAUCUCCGGGAGACAGGCGGGGAGGACUGAAGAUUAUCACAACUUUACGGAGAUUUGA